CUGGCAUUCGCAUUUCGCCGGCCGCAGUCUCUUCAUUUUGGCGUCAAACACUUUCUGCCAAUACAAACAAACACAGCCAUCCCGUUUACGGCUGGCCAUCAUGGACGAGCUCUUUGAUGUCUUUGAGGACAAGCCCCAGGCUGUGCAGUCCUCCGACAGCGCGGCCCAGAAGGCAGACAAGAAAGAGAAGAGGCGGCUUAAGCGACAAGCCAACGGUGAAGUGAAAGAAGCGGAGAAUGAAAAUGGUGACGAAGCACCGGUACCUGACGAUGUAAGCAUGUCAGACUCAGAAAGAGACGGCGAGGAGACUUCGGGUGCGGACGGACCAGACAUCAAGCGCAUGCGCAUAGAUGAUGAGCCGGAACCUGUUGUCACAGAUACUUUCGAGACCGAACAGUCCCGGGAGGUCGCUGCGUCCGCCGGAUUGCAGGCAUCGAAAGAGGAGGAGAAAGUCAUUCUCUCACAUCAAGUUCGCCAUCAGGUCGCGCUCCCACCUGACUACGAUUAUGUCCCGAUUUCAGAACACAAGCCUCCGGCGGAACCUGCUAGGACGUGGAAAUUCCAGCUUGAUCCUUUCCAGCAAGUUUCUAUUGCCUCCAUUGAGCGGAAUGAGAGUGUGUUGGUCUCAGCCCAUACCAGUGCCGGUAAAACUGUGGUGGCCGAGUACGCGAUCGCGCAGUGUCUCAAGAACAACCAGCGAGUUAUCUACACCAGUCCGAUCAAAGCACUUAGCAACCAAAAGUACCGUGAAUUCCAGGCGGAUUUUGGUGACGUUGGUUUGAUGACCGGAGAUGUCACGAUCAAUCCUACAGCGACAUGCCUUGUCAUGACGACCGAAAUUCUGCGCUCCAUGCUGUACCGCGGGUCUGAGAUUAUGCGAGAGGUUGGCUGGGUCAUUUUCGACGAAAUUCACUACUUGCGAGACAAGACUCGUGGUGUGGUAUGGGAAGAGACGAUCAUCUUGCUGCCUGACAAAGUGCGGUAUGUCUUUUUGUCCGCAACUAUCCCCAAUGCCAUGCAGUUCGCCGAGUGGAUUACCAAAACACACAACCAACCAUGCCACGUUGUCUACACCGAUUUCCGACCAACUCCACUACAACACUAUUUCUUCCCUGCCGGUGCAGAUGGGAUCCAUCUCAUCGUGGAUGAGAAAGGCGUCUUCCGAGAGGACAAUUUCCAAAAGGCCAUGAGUACAAUCGCCGCCAAGCAGGGAGAUGAUCCUGCCAAUGCCAUGGCUCGUAGGAAGGGCCGUGGCAAGGACAAGAAGUUGAACAAAGGAGGCAACAAGGGUCCUUCCGACAUCUACAAGAUUGUCCGCAUGAUUAUGACGAAGAAUUACAACCCCGUCAUUGUUUUCAGUUUCAGCAAGCGAGAUUGUGAAGCAUAUGCUAUUCAAAUGAGUACCAUGUCCUUCAACGACGAGUCCGAAAAGGCAAUGGUUUCAAAGGUUUUUGACAGCGCACUGGAAAUGCUGUCACCGGAAGACAAGAACUUGCCGCAAAUCCAACACUUGCUUCCCCUCUUACGGCGUGGCAUUGGUAUCCAUCAUUCUGGAUUGUUGCCCAUUCUCAAGGAGACGAUUGAAAUCUUGUUCCAGGAGGGAUUGAUCAAGGUGCUGUUUGCCACCGAGACCUUCUCUAUUGGACUCAACAUGCCUGCAAAGACCGUGGUGUUCACCAGCGUCCGCAAGUUUGAUGGUAUCUCACAACGAUGGGUCACACCCUCGGAAUUCAUCCAGAUGUCGGGACGAGCUGGCCGUCGUGGUCUGGAUGAACGUGGUAUUGUCAUCAUGAUGAUUGAUGAACAGAUGGAGCCCACCGUCGCCAAGGAGAUUGUCCGGGGUGAACAAGACAAGCUUAAUUCUGCGUUCUAUCUCGGUUACAACAUGAUUUUGAAUCUGCUGAGAGUAGAAGGCAUUUCCCCCGAGUUCAUGUUGGAGAGAUGCUUUCACCAAUUUCAGAACACCGCCAGCGUGUCAGGCUUGGAGAGGGAACUGCAGCAACUGGAGACCGAGAAGUCGACCAUGGUGAUUGAGGAUGAAAGUGCCAUUCGAGCAUACUAUGAACUUCGGAAACAACUUGAUGUCUACGCUGAAGACAUGAGGAACGUCAUCAUCCAUCCCAACUACAGUUUGCCGUUCAUGCAACCCGGUCGUCUGGUGGAAAUUAAGGACGGCGAGAACGACUUUGGAUGGGGCGCCGUCAUCAAUUUUGCUCGACGAGGCCAAGGUCGCUCCAACGAGAAGUUGACUCCGCAGGAAGAAUGGGUUCUUGACAUUGCUCUGGAAGUUGCCGAGGGUUCGACUCCUGCCACAAAGACGUUCCAAACGCUCCCAGCAGGCAUCCGCCCCCCUCAACCCGGCGAGAAAUCCAAGGUUGAGGUUGUCCCUGUUCUUCUGAAAUGUGUGCAAAAGAUCUCUCACGUCCGUAUCUUCCCGCCGCAAGACAUGACGAACCCCGAGGAGCGCAAGAAGAUUCAAAAGUCUCUGGCGGAAGUCAAGCGACGCUUUCCAGAUGGCCUCGCGGUGCUGGAUCCCAUCGAGAAUAUGAAGAUCACGGACAACUCGUUCAAGGAACUCCUUCGCAAGAUUGAGAUCAUGGAGUCCAGACUUGUGGCCAAUCCAUUGCAUAAUUCUCCGCGGUUGGAAAGCCUUUACAAUAAGUACGCACAGAAGGUGGCCCUGACGAACAAGAUUCGCUCCCUCAAGAAACAAAUCCAGGACGCCCACGCCAUCAUGCAGUUGGAUGAGCUCAAAUGUCGCAAGCGGGUCCUUCGAAGACUUCAGUUUAUCAAUGAGGACGAAGUUGUGCAGCUGAAAGCUAGGGUGGCGUGCGAGAUCAGCACUGGCGAUGAGCUGAUGCUCAGCGAGCUCUUGUUCAACCGUUUCUUCAACGACCUGACUCCAGAACAAUGUGCUGCAGUUAUGAGCUGUUUCGUCUUUGAGGAGAAGGUGAACGAACAGCCAACCCUGCCGGAGGAUCUUGCACGACCUCUGCGUGAGAUCCAGCGGCAAGCUAGAGUCAUUGCCCGGGUGUCCGCCGAGUCGAAACUCGCUAUCAACGAGGACGAAUACGUGCAGAGCUUCAAAUGGCAGCUCAUGCCUGUGAUCUUUGCUUGGGCCACUGGAAAGUCAUUUGGCGAGAUUUGCAAAAUGACCGAUGUGUAUGAAGGCAGUCUGAUUCGAACUUUCCGACGUCUUGAAGAAGCACUGCGUCAAAUGGCUGAAGCUUCCAAGGUCAUGGGAAGCGAAGAACUGGAGAAGAAGUUUGAAGAGGCUCUAAGCAAGGUAAGACGAGAUAUCGUGGCUGCACAGUCACUGUAUCUCUAGUCCCUUCGACAUAGCAGCAAGAUGAGCGUCCUUUAGCGAUGCAUAUUGUGGGAUUUUUGAGUUUCAUGGAUUUUCACUGUAUGAUACCCGCAGCAGGUUGGACAAUGGAACUGCACAAAGACUUACCAUGGCCGUCGAGGUAAUUAUCGUCUCCUCGGCGUCUGUCUUAUGAACGAUUCGCCAACGCUGCGUGUCUGUGUCCAACAGCCAUUGCUGCACUGUGUGCAGAUGCUUCUUUCUACUGUAUAGAUUAAUGAACAUCUUUUGCCUGGCAGCGGCGCAAAGCUGCCCUGAAAGUAAUGACAAUGUUUGUUUGAUAGUCCUCC